AUGCUUCGCUCCGUCAUCUCUCUCCUCUUUGCCGUGACCGCAUUGGCACAAACACCACCGGGAAGCUAUGCCCACACGAAGCAUAACCUCGGCGCAGCCUACCAGAACGCGACCAUCACCCCUGGAACCUGGAUCAGCCCCGAUGAUGUCAGCGAUCAACCAGCCUUCUGGCCCACCAGCAUGAAAAUGCGCAAGGACGCAAAGUACAUGCUCAUCAUGCUGGAUCUCAACAUCCCGGAUUCCGACGUCACCACGGCUGCAUACUUUGACACAUUGAUUCCCGGUCUGGCUGCGAACACCACCACACGUGUCCACUGGUGGGGUGGCAACUACACUAUCGAGGAUGGCAAAUUCGUCAACUCUAGUGAUAGUAUUGCGCCCUAUACGGCUCCCCGUCCCCGUGAUAGUACCAAUCACACUUAUAGCCUGUAUCUGUUUGACCAGCCUGCUAGCUAUGUUCCCUCGAAGGCUGCGCUGGAUGGAGACUAUUAUUCCCAGACAGGGUCUUCCCGCUUUAACUUUAGUUUGGCGCCGAUUGUGGAGGCUGUUGGGGAGCCUGUUGCUGCGACUUAUUUCUUGAGUGACUUGGUCUAG